CACUUUUCGGACAACCUCGUAUAUCGAUUACAAACAACAGAAAGUGAAUGAAAUGAAUAAAAGGAUCCUUUAUUAUCUUUUUAUCUGUUACAGAUUAAGAAAAUUGAUAAGCAAUCAUUUGCACUCAGGAUUGACAAUAGAAGAACGCACUCUUUCAAAAGUGCGCACGAAUUUGACGUAUAUUAUUCAUAUUAUUCCAAGAUGUUGAUGAAGAAAAUCAUUAAAAUUCUUAUUUAUUGUAUCAGUUCAACUUAUCAUUUAUAGCGAUUGCAUUAACUAAAUCUUAAAUUGCUCUAAUAUACAAACACUUCAUAAUGAUAUCUUUUGAUAUUAUCUAAUCGUAAAUUCUAAAUAUCGAAAAUAUGUACAUACAGAUUGAUAUUAGAUAAGAAUAAUGUUUCAAAAGCGAAUUUAGUGAUAUUGAAGUAGUCUAUCCGAUAAGUUAAACAAUUAACUCGUGGCGUAUAUGCAAUGAUCACAAUAUACAUAUAACUAUUAAACUAUGAUCUUCAAGAACUCUAAUUUAAAAGCUUUAAUUGCUAUUUACAAUAAUAGUUUUUCAUCGAAUUAUGGAACAACGCGACAGCUUUCACAAGUUCUUUUUGCUCGGAACCUGUGCCAAGUUCCUGCCCCUCGGGAAAAUACUAAUUUUCUCGAGGAGCAGCUAAAAGAAGUUUUUAAGUUUAAAAAUACUAGUGUUAGCAACUGGAUCAUUGAGAAUAAAGCUCUUACUUUAUGUGUCAAGUAUCAUAAGAGUACUAAAAAGAACAAACAACAAAUCUUGUGUACGUUAGCUUCUAAAUAUGCUGUUCAACACGAGGCUGUAUGUGGCAUAGCAGAGAAAUUAGUUUCCACUGAGUCAGAUAAUGAAAGACGAAUGGUUUCUUACGAACGAAACUUAAGAAAUGUUCUCACACCGGAUUAUCACUGGCUGUUUACAAUAAUUGGAAGACUCGAGAACGGCGUCAAAUUCCUCGUUGAUUUACGAACAGAUAUCUUAGAAUUACUGGUAGAGAUUAAGGACCCGGAUGAAACUGUAGCGAUACAGCAAUUAAACAUUACUUUGCGAGAUCUAUUACUACUUUGGUUCUCAGUAGGAUUUUUACAUUUAGAGAGAUUAACGUGGCAGUCCUCGUGUGAUAUUUUACAAAAGAUUUCCGAUUACGAAGCAAUACAUCCCAUAAAAAACUGGCUAGAUUUGAAGCAACGAGUUGGGCCAUAUAGAAGGUGUUACAUUUUCACGCAUCCGUCUAUGCCACGAGAACCUCUUGUGGUAUUGCACACGGCAUUAUGUGAUAUUAUACCAGAUAGUGUAAAGGGAAUAGAAGAAGCAAAGGUGAGAAUCCUUGGUGGGCCAAGGAAAGAGGUAACGUUCUUGGAGGAAGACAAGGAUAAAAUAAAGACUGCGAUAUGUUAUUCGAUAACUUCCACCCAAAAGGGAUUACAGGGUAUCGAACUUGGUAAUUACCUGAUUAAAAGAGUAGCGAAGGAAAUAUUAUCUGAAUUUCCUAUGAUAUGCGAACUAUCCACCCUGUCCCCAAUACCGAAUUUCCGAACUUGGCUUCUAGAAAAACUGAAACAAGACGUAAAUACUAUAUUCACGAAUGAAGAAGGUAAUUAUAUACGAAGCGUUCUAAAAGAACCAGAUCUCGUUUCGGCAUUGAAAAAAAUUUUUAAUAAUUCUUUAUGGACACGUGACAUUGAAAUAUGUGAGGCCUUAAAAAAGCCUUUGAUUCGAGCAUGUGCUUGGUAUUUGUAUAGGGAAAAGAGACGAAACUACGCUUUAAAUACCGUCGCAAAUUUUCAUCUUCGGAACGGCGCAGUUAUGUGGAGAAUAAAUUGGCUGGCGGAUCCUUCACCACGCGGUGUCGCAAAUAGUUGCGGAUUGAUGGUGAACUAUAGAUACUAUCUAAACGAUUGUGAAAAGCACAGCCAAAAUUACAUUGAAAAUCAUUUCGUAAAGGCCACUGAAGAUGUUAUUUCUCUUGCCAUGCAACACGAAGAAUUAUGUAUAAAAUAAAAUGGAAUAAGUGAUAAAAUAAUCUUCAAACAAAUUUCUUAUGGGACGUAUACAUUUGAAUGCUGUUUCCUGUCCAGCUGAAAGACAGUACAAUUGUCUGCAAGCAGAUCUGUAACAAAUCACAGAUUUCUAAUUCAGAAGAAAUAUAUAUGAACUGCGUCUCAGAUCUACAGAAAAAA